AUUACCGCCCUGGUUUAAUCAGACACCCAGACCUCUUUUGUUAUGUACAUGCAAACCAGCGCCAAUUGGAUUUACUGUACAAUUUACACUAACGGCUUAUGUUUCUGAAAACGUCUGGUUUUACCUAACUCAACCUUUUGGCCACAAUGCGGCCCGCAUAUUUAGUUCUUUUAUAUGCGCUUGUUAUCCUUACCAAAACUUCAGCCGGAUUGGUCGAGUACUCGGACCUAGCUCUCUCUCAUCCUACCGAUGGAAGCCUAAAUUUCCUAGGGCUUGGCGACAAGUUCUCUGGGUUUGCCAGGAAGGCACCUGCUGUCCUGGAUCCGCAGUUCCUUCAGGAGUUUGGAGCUCAGGGCUACUUGCACGCCAACUUCAACCCUUUGGGAGAGAACGCUUACGAGACCUCCUCCGUGCAGUACGUUGCAUCCCUUAAGAACGCAAGCAUUUGUGGAAGCGAGGGCGACGUCUGGGAUUCUGCAGGCCGAUUGUAUCGGGCCAACACCUGGGUGCGACAUCCAAGCUCGAAGCUGCAGGCCUGGAAGGAGGAGGCCGAGUCUUACGGCGUGAAGCACUUCAAGCGUCUCGCGACGGCCGUCCACCGUGUUUCCUUCAUGUAUUUCCACUUCAUGACGGAGGUGUUACCGAAGGUUGCUAAGUUUGCCCCAUUCCUUGAGGCUGAUCCUGAGCUGAAGCUCCUUACAUACGGCAGUCCGUUCGAGCUUGCAUGGAUAAGGAAGCUCGGCGUUCGGGAAAGCCAAUUGGUUACGUUCGACCCGAUGUAUGCAUACCAAGCCGACGAGCUUCUCAUGACUAAUCCGGUGGAAAUUUCGCGGACUCCGAAAGAGGAUCUUGAGAAGGUUCUGACGGCCUUGGAGAUCCCUCCGCCACUGCCAGAGAGCCAGCAGGAGAGCUUUGUGUACGUGUCUAGGCGUCUGGCAGCUGACCGCCGUCAGACCAACGAAGACAGCCUCCUUGAGGCGCUUCAAGCCGAGGCAACGUCCCACGGCUUGCGCUUUGUCGUUCACGAUGGCAGCCCUGGCAUGACUCCCGAGGAGAAUAUUGAAAUCUUCCGCCAUGCUAAGGUUGUCAUGGGUCCUAACGGAGCCGGCUUGGCGCACAUGCUGUUCGCUCCGCCCGGUGCUACCCUGAUUGAGCUUAUGUUCAUCAACAAUACGGGCAUGGACUUGUGGCAUCUUACCGCCGCCCUGAAGCAGGAUUAUUACAUGGUCCCUCUGCCCCGGUCGCAUUGGCUGGACCCCGGGUCAGACGUGCCCAUUGAGCAAGCGGUGUCGACACUACGCUGGGCUAUUGGCGAGAAGACCGGGGCUAAGCCAGAAUGCCCGAAAGGUUCAGCUCCUGACGCCUCAGGCACCUGCGCGCUCUGCCCUCCGGGAACGUUCAGCACGGGUUACGACAAGCAAUGCAUGGCGUGCUCGCCUGGCUGGGUUGCGGAGCGCACUGGAAGCGGAUACUGCCACGUGUGCACUACAGCGACACACGCUUCAGGGCCGACGUCAUGCACGUCAUGCCCUCAGGGCACGCUGACCGCCAUGCCGGGCUCCACCAACGCCGGUGAAUGCCUGGACCCGGACUCCUUGACCAAGGUGAAGCAAACCUGGCUGCCAACCGAAGCUGUCGUUUCGAAGGUGUCAGCGUACUACAAGUCAAUCAGCCGGCGCCAAGCGGUAAAAGUUGACUUCUCAGAGCUGCCGCUGAGGGUGAAAGACCGCAUCAUGAGCGAACUUGACGCUUGCAGCAGUUACACCCAGACUAUGUACGGCUGCUCCUCAGCGGCGGAGGACUCCUCUCCGCCGCCUGUUGCUGUGCUUAGCAAGGAAUUUAACAUUACUGCCCUGGGCAACGGUCCACUCUCAAACUGCUCGGUUAUGUACUACGACUCGUACAUGACGCUGCAGCCGACAGGCGUGACUACAGACAAAGACGGCAAUGCCAAGCUUAAAGUCACUGUCCCGAGUGAUCUCGUCCUUCUUUCCCUCGCCAACUGUGUCGAGCAACGCUCAAACCGCUCUGGCUUAAGCUUUACCGGGGUUUAUGCGCCCUGGCGUUCGAAUGGCGUAUCUAUCGUCAGCCCCAUUGGUGGCCUUACCUCGACUGCCGUAUCCUCGAAGUCGUGGCCCACCGCCAGCGCUUUCAACGCCAACUACACCACGAUCCUUGGUGAGCUUGGCUUCACAAGCGCUAUGAUCAAGCAGUACGGCAAUAGCGGCGCGGAGGUAGCGGCGUACGACUUCGAAGAUGCAACCUACCAUCCUGACAACAACACCGAGAAGACUAUGGGAGCCUACAUGACAACACAGCAGUUGACCGUGUACGGCAUCGCCAACAUUUGGGUUCCGUUCCUUGCCGGCAUGAGCAAGUCCGGAAGCAAGAUUGGGUCCAGAAGGGCUACCCGGGCGUUGCUGUCCAGCAUGACUACCCAGCUUGGAGCCAGAUUGUUGAACAUGUCGUCAUCGUCCUCUCAGCAAUUGAUGUUCCAGCAGGCCUAUCGUCUUUUAGGAUCCUCAUCUCAAUUCCGCCGCCACCUCCUAGACGCGGAUAGCGAUGCCUUGGCAGCUGUCGCCAGCCAGAUCCAGGCCCUCGCGGAUUCAGUCUCCCAGUCUGUCGCCCUGCAGGCCGCUGUCGCUGCAAAGUUAGCUGAUGCCGUUGCUUCGGGCACCGCCUACUCGGGAGACUUGCAAUCCCUCCUAAUCACCGUAAACCAGGUGUCAGUGGCUCAGGCGACUUCAAUCGCAGCUGCGGCCGCUGAGCUGUCUGCUGGAACGCUCUCUGUGGACUCGUUCCGUGCAAGCUACACGGGAGACUCCCUCACUCAGCUGAUCAAGUCCAUUACGGUUGACCUGCCGGAUUCGGAGGAGGACAAGAAGAAGAUCAAUGUCGGUGCCAUUGUCGGCGGGGUGGUUGGAGGCGUGGUCGGGCUUGCCGUUAUUGGGCUCAUCGUCUACGUCAUUAUCAGGAGGAAGAAAGCCCACAUCCAGCCCAAGGCCCAGGGCGGCCAGGCUGCUGCUGGUGGUGGGGAGCAAAAUGCUUAAGCGCUGCCAAUUGGCGGUGUUAUUCAAUAAAAUCCGUAGGAUGACAACCAACCUGGUUACAUAGCAGGCAAGACGCUCCGUGACCGCAGGUGAUCACGUACCUAUAUUUUCUUACGCCGAACCCUACCGGCUUUGGGGUUGUAUAUUUUGGUGUGUAGGGUUUUGUCAAACGGACGAUGGCUAACUAAUUGUUUGCCUCGUAACUUGUGCUACCCGAACGCAACGUGAUGCAAAUGUAGAUGUUUACCUGUCUAGUUUAUAAAUUCCGCCGGUGUACGCGUAAUCAUAGCAUACCGUACUAUAAUAAAUGUGCAUCUCUUCCGUCGGUACUUUGACCGUGAUCUGACGCUCUCUUUCCAAACCGUCUCCCUUGAGUGGUAAUUAAUUGGUGCGAGGGAUUAUGACAAGAUGACGGUAUUUGGUGCCUGUCCAUGUGCAGAGAUGUGCAGGGGUACUGUGCAGUGAAGUAUUGCCGGUAUGUAGCAGGCUUUGACGUCACGUUUCAGCAUUGUGAGCAAUCGGUCUGAUGUCAUCAUGUUCAGCCUGUUCGGGUCGUAGUCUGCGGCCCGUACAAUACCUUGGAGGUCAUUCGUCUGGCGGUUGCAAUAGACCCCAGGCUGUAACUAGGAUAGGGACAUGUGGGUGGAAGAGCAACCUGCUGGUGAACGUCGCAUCCAAGCGCGCCGCAUUUUUAAGGGGCCCCGGCUCACAUGUACGAGCAAUAUGGCCUUACGCUCCCUCCACAUUUUGCGCACCAUCGGCAUCGGCGUUGCGAUUGUAAUUCGUAGCUUAUG